CAAAACCGGGAUCAGCGCGACGAUGACGUGCAUCGCGCCGCCCUGCGCGACGCCGACGUGCGCGCCGCGCAACGUCUACAUCGACGCGGGCGUGAACUGGUGCAACACGCUGACGCUCAACCAGCGCGUGCCGCAGGCGCGCGGCCGCACGAACUGGCACGUCUUCGGCUUCGAGGCCUCGCGGCGCAUCGUGCCGUUCGCCGACCAGUGCGCGCGCGCGCUCUCGGCCGGCGAGCCGCUGCCGGAGCCGCCGCUGCCGCCGGCCGGCAGCUCCAAGGAGCUCGCCAAGUACGCGUCCUCGUACAACUGCUCCAUGCCGCAGCUCGGCCUUCGGCCAGAAUCCUUGCACGAUGUCAAAGUCUACCGCCGGCAGCUGCUGCUGCCUUGUAUGAUCGGCGCGCUCGCGCAGAACCUGUCGCGCGUGCGGCCCGUGCCAGCGCUGAGCGCGCCGGGCUUGCUCCGCGAGCGGCUUGCGCUGGGGAAGCGCUGCACUGUCGCACGCACCAGCAGCUACGUCAUGCUCCCGGCCGCGGCCGGCGAGAGCGAGGGCACGCUGGCGAUGGUGGACAGCGACGUCGGGCUCUUGGUGGGCGGGCGCACGCUGUCGAAAAUUCCGCCGCCCUCGACGGAGAAGUACCGCGUGGCGAUGGUCGACUUCUCGGCGUGGCUGCGGGCCUCGUUCACCGAGGCCGACUUUGUCAUCCUCAAGAUGGACGUCGAGGGCGGCGAGCACAAGAUCGUGCCCAAGAUGGUCGCGGACGGCACGCUGCGGCUCGUCGACGUGUGGCUGUGGGAGUGCCACCACAUGCCGAACUGGAUGAACUCGCCGUGCUUCAAGCUCAAGAGGAUGCUCCGCGACAACGGUGUCGGGACCAUCUACGAGGACCCGUACCCAUUUUGAGCCGCCUUUGCAGCAGGGAACAGUCGUGAGAGAGAUUGCGCAGAUUUUCACUCGAGACUCGACGCAAGCACAGCCCAUCCAUGAGCCCAUCAGUCAUUACAGGAUAUCGUGCAUGCCAUGUGUCGUAUGCUUGUACGCGUGUGAGACGGCCCUAAGGCGUCUGUAGUAGAGCAGCUGUACGGAUGGACCGGGCGGGUGCGCUGGCACAGUCGCGGAACGCCCCGCCGGCCGUGUCGGGUCGCCGUCUUACAUGUAUUUAGCCCC